GAUAAAAAUAUUCAGAUCAGUGCAUCCUAAAAUACACCGCGUGAAACGAAAUCCAAUAAAAAAAAUUUAUCGUCGGAGUUUCUUUUUGUUAUCCGCGUGUUAAAUUUUCGAUAAUUUCGUUACAGAAAUUCUGUUUUCACCUUAAAUUAAUUCUUAAAAAAUAGUCUAAAAAAUGACCAACAGCAAAGGUUACAGACGCGGUACCCGGGACUUGUUCGCCCGUAAAUUCAGAAAACACGGAACUAUCCCAUUAUCGAAAUACCUCGAAGUAUACAAAGUCGGUGACUUCGUCGAUAUCAAAGGUAAUGGUGCCGUUCAAAAGGGUAUGCCAUACAAAGCUUACCACGGCAGAACCGGCAGAGUAUUCAACGUAACGAAACACGCUCUCGGUGUUAUUGUAAAUAAACGCGUGAGAAAUCGUAUCAUCCCGAAAAGAAUUAACGUCAGAAUUGAACACGUAACUCAUUCGAAAUGCAGAGACGAUUUUCUCAACCGUGUCAGAGAUAAUGGUAAAAGAUUGAAAGCCGCCAAGAAAGCAGGAAUUACCAUCAGUUUAAAGCGAAAACCCGAAGAACCAAAACCAGGUCACAUCGUUAAGGGACAAGAACCUAUUGUUUUGGCUCCUCUGCCGUAUGAAUUUAUUGCUUAAAUGUGUAUUUUUAGCGAAUAAAAGUUUUUACUAAAAUAA